AUGGGUGUCCCUAAAUUCUUUCGAUGGCUCUCCGAGCGAUAUCCUCCAAUCUCUCAGCUCAUUGCGGAAAACAGAAUACCUGAAUUUGACUGCCUUUAUCUCGACAUGAACGGCAUCAUCCACAACUGCACACACAAAGAUGCUGGCGAAGAUACAACGUUCCGUCUGAGCGAGGAAGAAAUGUUUAUCCGCAUUUUCAACUACAUUGAGCAUCUUUUUGGCAAAAUCAAGCCCAAGCAGCUCUUUUUCAUGGCUAUUGACGGCGUUGCGCCGCGCGCCAAAAUGAACCAGCAGCGAGCUCGUCGAUUCCGUACCGCACUCGAAGUAGAAAAGGCCCGUGAAAAGGCCAUCAAGGAAGGAGUCGAGAUGCCCAAGGAGGAACCGUUCGAUAGCAACUGUAUCACGCCAGGAACUGAAUUCAUGGCGAAACUAUCUCGACAACUACAAUACUUUGUCAACAAGAAGGUCUCGGAGGAUACCGACUGGCAAGGCUGCGAAAUUGUCUUGUCUGGACACGAAGUACCUGGCGAGGGCGAGCAUAAAAUCAUGGAGUACAUCCGAAAUGCGAAAUCGCAACCCGGGUAUAACCCCAACGUACGUCACUGCUUGUACGGCCUUGAUGCCGAUCUGAUCAUGCUGGGUCUUCUCAGCCACGACCCUCACUUUUCCCUCCUCCGUGAGGAAGUCACCUUUGGUAGAGCGUCCAAGAACAAGUCCAAGGAGCUGGAACAUCAAAACUUUUUCUUGCUGCAUCUAUGCAUGGUCAGAGAAUAUCUGGAAAUGGAGUUCCAGGAUCUAAAGCAUAGCCAGGUGGAGGGCUUCGAAUUUGACUUGGAACGUGUCAUUGACGAUUUUAUCCUCAUGGCGUUCUUUGUCGGAAACGAUUUUUUGCCAAAUCUUCCAGGCUUGCACAUCAACGAAGGUGCACUGGCUGAUAUGUUUGAAAUCUAUAAGAGAGUUCUACCCGAGGAAGGAGGCUACCUACAUGAAAAUGGCGUCCUCAACAUCAAACGCGCGCUCAGGAUGGUUUCCGAGCUUGGCAACAUCGAACUUAAGCAGUUCGAGCGCGACGUCGCUGAUGAGAAAUGGUUUGCCUCCAAGCAAAUGGAGAAGAAGUUGCAAAACAUGGCAACUGCUUCCGUCGCAAAGACGUCCAAAAGUGGACAGCGGAUUAUCACAGGCGCCCAGCGAGAUCUCUGGAAACAAAAGAUCCGCCCCUACAUCUCCAAGCGCUCGGAUGAUGCACUGGACCUUGGCGUGGACUUGGCUGCGGCGGACAAGAAGUUUGCGCAAGAAGUUGCUGACGCUAUGCACCUUGAUUGGUCUACGAAAGAAGACGACAACGGAUUCCGACACCUCAUCAUAUCGUUUCCUCCAAAACCGGCGGGCGAUGAUGAGGAUGAAGAGGAUGAAGAGGAGGGCAACCUUGCAGCCUAUCGCGUCAUUAGAACAUACGACAAGGCUGUCGUGGUUAAUGAUUCUGGCGAAGCCUCCCAAGAGGAAUAUGAGAAGCUAUAUCAGCAGAAGUAUCAAGGUUGGAAGACCAAAUACUACCUGCAAAAGUUUCCAGAGUGGGAAGCUACGGCCUAUGCCGAUGAGCAAACGAAGCUUUGCGAAAACUACGUCGAAGGUUUGCAAUGGGUUCUUUUCUACUACUACCGCGGAAUCGCGUCCUGGCCCUGGUUUUACAAGUACCAUUACGCGCCCCUCAUAUCCGAUGUGGCCAAAGGAGCGAGCGCAAAACUGCAAUUCGAGAAAGGGCAGCCGUUCAAACCGUAUGAGCAGCUUAUGGGCGUCUUGCCAGAUCGCAGCAAAAAGAUCGUGCCUACGGCAUAUCAUGACCUCAUGACGAACCCUAGCUCUCCCAUCAUUGACUUUUACCCCCGAGACUUCGAAUUGGACAUGAAUGGCAAAAAGAUGGACUGGGAGGCUGUCAUCAAGAUUCCGUUCAUCGAUGAGAAACGUCUGUUGGCUGCUAUGGAGACAAAGAAUGCUCUUCUCAGCGACGAUGAGAAGGCUCGCAAUGGCUUUGGUGUUCCUUUGAAGUUCACAUAUUCGUCCGAAGUGAACUUUACCUACCCUUCUCCUCUCCCAGGCAUCUUCCCUGACGUGCAGAACUGCCGUUGCAUCGAGAACAUUUUUGAUCUGCCAAACAUGGAGGGACUGGUCUACAAAUCAGCUCUGACAGACGGCGCCAAGUUGAAGAUGGACGCUUUGGCAGGCUUCCCCUCCCUACACACGAUUGAUCAUACAGCGCAACUCAUUGAGGGUUACGGCAUCAACGUCUUUCAGGCUGAUAGCCGCAACCCAAGUGUAGUGGUGACGCUGACUCAGCCUGAGGCUCGUAAUAAGACGGAAACCUGGAAGGCCAGGUUGGGCAAAAAGUGUUUUGUGGGCUUCCCCUUUCUCCAAGAAGCCAAGGUCGUCAAGGUUCAGGAUGAACUUUUCACAUUUGAGCUUGGCCACGACGGUGUGGAGGUCAUCAUGAAGGACAACACAAACCGCGAAGCCGCAGACUUUGCCAAGGAGGCGGAGCACCUCGAGAACUGGCACGCGAAAAGACUUGGUAUCACCAUUAGGCAGGUUGAGUGUCUCGUUGGGGUGCAUAUGCUGAAGGGCCUCCUCAAGACAGAGGAAGGCGCUCUAGUCAAGGAAUAUGCUGAGAACCCAAGUGUCCGCAGCAUAUAUGCGUCGCAGACCAUUGUUGACGAAGUCACGAAUGAGGAUGAGCGAUUCAUCGAAAAGGCCGCGCUGCCUGUUGAAGAAGAAUUCCCUCAGGGCACAAGGGCGUUCUUCCUUGGUGAUUAUGCUUAUGGCCGACCUCUCGAGAUUACUGGCCAUAUCAAAGGCAAAAUCGAAUUGGUAGUCUCAGUUCCAAAAACCAAGGAGCCCGCAUUCUCGCGAUCCAUCAUCCAGGGAGCUGAGAAGCUGAACCCAUACACCCCAUCCUUUGCUAUUGCCAAACAACUUGGAGUUCAUCCUUUGGUUCUUAGCAAAAUCACGUCAUCUUUUCAGGUGUUGACCUCGGCCGGGCUAAAGCUGAAUUUGGGUCUCAACCUCAAGUUCGAGGGACGCAAGCUAAAGGUGCUUGGAUAUUCGCGCAAAUCCAACACAGGCUGGGAGUUUAGCAAUCUAGCUAUUCAGCUCAUUGCGAACUACAUGAUGACGUUCCCCGACUUUUUCGCCGCGGUGCAAAAGCAUGCUCAAAAGAGUGACAUUUAUGACACCGAUUUGUGGCCAGAUCAGAGUGUUGCGUCUCAAAGGCUGAAAGAUCUCUCUGCUUGGCUAAAGAAGCAAGAAACAAGCAAGUUUGAAAAGGUCACUUUGGAUGCCGAGCAGCUCGAUUCGGACAUUGUCCUGGCGCUGGCUACCGCUGGUGAACAAGUGUUCCAAGCUUCGCAGGAUUCGGAGAUUCGCAAGCUGAAAGGUGUUCCGCGCACAGCUUUACUGAAGCCGUCAGAUGCCGAAAUGGUGCUUGGAAACCAAACUUUCAAGCUCGGUGAUCGUGUGACAUUUGUUGCCGCGGCUGGUAAAGUACCGAUCGCUACAAAGGGGACAGUGGUUGGCAUUAGCCGCACGCCGACGGCACUUUUGCUGGAUGUAGUUUGGGAUACCUCGUUCAUGAGCGGAACGACACUGGGAGAACGUGCCCCCAUGUUUCGCGGACAGACUGUACCAGCCUCGAGCGUUCUCAACACAACAAACCGCCAGGUACUCUCAGCGUCGAGCAAAUCUCAGCAGCGACGUGCCGCGGCAGCACCCGGCAAGACGACCGGUGGCUAUGGCUCUGUUGGUGUGACGCAGUACAAGGAUGCUGCGGCGCCGCCACCUCUGCGCGGCGGCUGGAGCGGCGCUGUCAACGGAAAGCAAUCGCCUGGACGCGGGCGUGGGCGCGGGCGCGGCGGUGCCAGCGGCGAGCCCAAACUUCUGCACAGCACCAUGGUCUAUCGUGAUGGACCACCCAACGGCAGCUCGCAGAGCAACGGACAAGGCAGCCGGGGUCAGGCCGGUGCCCACCGUGGCGGGGCAGCCAACGUGCAGAACGGCGAGCAAAGGUACGGAAACGUACCGCCGCCCGCAAACCUGAACGCUUCACGAGGUGGGCGAGGCCGUGGCCGCGGUAACAGAGGGCGAGGCAACGGCAACCGUGGACGCGGAGGCGGUGCUUCUGGCAGCCAGGAAGCCAAGGCAGCGUAG